UCAAAGUGCUAAAAUGGCGUCUGCUGGCUUCUUCUUCUGAUUGGAAUUUUAGAUUGAUUUUCCAGCGACGCAUUUUAGUUAGAAAACAAUUGUUACUUAAGUAUUUAGUAGGUUCAAAGUUAUAAAUAAAUUAUUUACUUAGUGUAAAGUGAAUUUGUGAGCCUUAGAAACAUGUACGAUGAUAGGCGCGGCGGUGGUCGUGGUGGUGGACGGGGCGGAGGCCGUGGUGGUCGUGGAGGCGGCAGGGGCGGCGGCGGGUCCCGCGGCGGACGCUCCAGCGACCGUUCAUUAGACAGAGGUCGAAGCGGCGGCGGCGGCCGAGGCCGAGGAGGCCGGGACGGUCGCGACGGCCGAGAUAGUGGCAGAGGGUUCGGUGGAGGAGGCCGCGGCGGCCGCGACGACUUCCGUGGUGGCUUCAAGAACGACCAACCCGGGAAUAACUUGCGCAAAAUCAGAUGGGACUCGAUCCAGCUCACGCCUUUCCAAAAGAACUUCUAUGUCCCCCAUCCGAACGUCGAAAGGCGGUCCCCGGCUGAGGUGGAAGCCUACCGCAGCCAACAUCAGAUCACGGUGCGAGGCCGCGACGUGCCCGCGCCGAGUAUGUACUUCGAAGAGGGCGGUUUCCCCGAUUAUGCUAUGAAAGAGAUCUUGAAGCAGGGUUUCCCGAACCCCACUCCUAUUCAAGCGCAAGGGUGGCCCAUAGCUCUCUCUGGGCGCGAUAUGGUGGGAAUUGCUCAAACUGGUUCAGGGAAAACCCUGGCUUAUAUUCUGCCAGCCAUAGUUCAUAUAAUCAAUCAACCGAGGCUCUUGAGGGAUGAAGGGCCCAUUGUCCUUGUGUUAGCCCCGACUAGGGAGUUGGCACAGCAAAUUCAGCAGGUCGCUACAGAUUUCGGUCAAAACGUGCAAGUUCGUAACACUUGCAUCUUCGGUGGGGCUCCCAAGGGACCGCAAGGCAGGUGUCUGGAGCGAGGCGUUGAAAUUGUAAUUGCUACUCCUGGAAGACUGAUUGAUUUCUUGGAAAAAGAUACUACAAAUCUAAAGAGGUGUACAUACUUGGUUCUGGAUGAAGCUGAUAGGAUGUUGGAUAUGGGUUUCGAGCCACAGAUUCGUAAAAUCAUUGAACAAAUUCGUCCAGACAGACAAGUUCUCAUGUGGUCAGCCACCUGGCCAAAAGAGGUCCAGAACUUGGCUGAAGAGUUCCUCCAUGACUACAUCCAGAUCAACAUUGGAUCUCUAUCCUUGUCUGCCAACCACAAUAUCCUCCAGAUAGUGGAUGUCUGUGAGGAGUGGGAGAAAAAUGAGAAGCUUAUCACACUGUUAACAGAAAUAUCUUCAGAGGAAGAAACCAAAACAAUCAUAUUUGCGGAGACUAAGAGAAAGGUGGACGAAAUAACAAAAUCUAUAAACCGAGCGGGUUGGCGCGCUCUGGCCAUCCACGGCGACAAAAAUCAGCUGGAUCGCGACUACGUAUUGAAUCAGUUCAGACAGACGUCUGCUGGAGGCAUUCUGGUCGCUACUGAUGUCGCUGCCAGAGGCUUAGAUGUGGAAGAUGUGAAAUUUGUGAUAAACUAUGACUAUCCAAAUAAUUCUGAGGACUAUGUGCACCGUAUUGGGCGCACUGGUCGGUCUCAAAACACGGGCACUGCCUACACAUUGUUCACUCCUAACAAUUCUGCCAAGGCCAGGGAUUUGAUGUCAGUGCUGCAAGAGGCAAACCAAGUGGUUAAUCCUAAAUUACUAGAAUUAGCUCAAUGCGGAAUGGGAUUCAAGGGAAAAUACGGUCGUGGGCGAUUCCGCGACCGCGACGAUGGUGACUCGCGCGGUGGACGCGGCCGCGGUGGCCCGAGGGGUCGCGGCGGUAGCAGAUUUGGCGACAGGGGAGGUUCCCGCUGGGACAACAACUCAGACGGUUACAACAGCAACUCAGGCGGCUUCGGCGGCCGCGGCGACGGCUUCAGCCGAUCCUCCUCCUUCAACAAAGACAGCUCGUUCUCCCGCGACGGCGGCUCCGGCGGCUUCCGCGGCCGCGGCAGGGGCGGGCCUCGCGGACGCGGAGCCCCGUCCUCCUUCACACCCUCAAACUACCAGAAUCAAGGCUACAACCAGAACCAAGGCUUCAAACCCAACUACCCCCAGAACCAAGGCUUCAACAACCAGUUCCAAAACCAAUCGCAGUCCGGGUACAACGCGCCCCCUCCAACUAGUUAUUACAACAUGUAUGCCCAACCUCCCCCGCCGCCCGCGAAGUUUGGGGCCAAAUAGAAGCAGGUUAAAUAGCUAAAUUACAUAUCGGUUAAGACAGAAUUUGUCCUAAGUUAGAUUUUAAAGAACGGUCUGAAUUUUCCAUAUUUGUGAUUGAUAUCAUCGCGAACCCGAAGUUUUUAACGUCUGAGCUUGCCUAACAUAACACUGAGCUUUGCAACUAUCAUCUACAGUUUUUUAUGGGCACGCCAAAUGCAUAGGUCAUUUUCAAAUUUUAUCUAUAGUAUAAUAAUUAUUAUAAAGUGUUUAUUAUAGCAUCAUUCGUUGAUAGAAAAAGGUUUUUAUUAUUAUUUUAUUUAUGAACGUCACAGCCAUGUUUCAUAUUUACAUUUGCUGCAUCUGUUCUGCAUUAACUUUAUCCCAUCUGGAUAAUAUCUUACAACUUUUUGCAUUGCAAAUUGAGCAUUAAUUACUUGGUUAGAGCUUUGUUUGUAUUGUACAACUUUCUUUUGCAAGAGGAGGGAUCGGAGAGUAACUCAGUUCCUAAAUUCCUUAAGCCGUGACGUCAUAAAUAGCAAAAUUGCCCGAAAGAAAGCAUAAUUAUGUUUAUGAGGUGAUUGAUUUAAUUAUACAUUGCACAUUUAUUGAGAGUGGUAAGGAACACCAUGACAAACUGUCCAAUCUAUUUAAAAUUAAUAGUGUAGAGAAUUUAUUAAUAUAAAUCAAAGUAAUUGUAAUAAAGAUUACUAAAAAAAUAUAUUAAAAUGUAGUUAGUGUA